GCAACACGCUCACACAAUAAUUAUUAUUAUUAUUUAUUAAUAAUAAUUCGAACCUGAAUGAACAGACUGUUUUGUGCGAUUGUGACCCAUGGUACAGUGAUCUAGUGGGUAUAAACUUCCAGUGGAGAGUGAGGAGAUAGCCUGAAAUGUUUUUGAGAGCGCUAACUAUAGCGCUGUGGUGCGCCGGCGCAUCGGCGCUGACGCCGCUGUCGGCUGCGGGCGACGACAACGACUGCGCGCUCUACCUCACCGGGCCGGGCCGCACCUCGGCGUACGACUACAGCCUGAACCUGCUGAAGGGGAACUUUGGAUACGAAGGCCAGCACACUUGCAUCACCUACGAUGCCGUUAAUCAAGCUUAUCUUGAAGCCAGGAACAGAAUCGUUGUGUCGCAGCCCAAAGGCGACUGGAAGCCCGAGGACUUCGCCAGCGUAGGAGAGCUUAUGCUCGACAUCUCCAUCAACUUGGCGAGGACGUACGGCCUUACAUACGAGGAGAUCGAAAAGGGCCUGCCUCUCAUCGACACCUCACGCACGCUGAUCCGGGAGGUGUGCCCUCCCGUGUUCUCCCAUGUGGAGUGCCGCGCUGGCAAGUACAGGCGUCUGGAUGGACUCUGCAACAACCUGCAGCAUCCUACAUGGGGUGCUACUAACGCGCCUUUCCAGAGAUUGAUUGGACCGCUCUUCGCUGAUGGCAUCAACGCGCCCCGUAUCUCGCACACCGGCCGCGACCUCCCUCUGUCCCGUGUGGUGUCCCGUACCAUGCAUCCCGACGAGGGCUUCCACGACCACGCCGGAACAGUCAUGGUCAUCGCCUGGGGACAGUUCAUGGACCACGACUACACACUCACUGGCACCCCUCUUGACCCGGUGAACCGUAACGACCCUGAGGAGUGCUGCAAGCGGCCGCUACACCUCAAGCACCCGUAUUGCAAUGAGAUCAGAGUGCCUGAAGACGAUUACUUCUACCGCCUGUUUGGAGUGAAGUGCAUUGACUUCGUGAGAGGGUUCCCUUCACCUCGUCCUGGCUGCCGUCUGGGAUCGAGAGUUCCGUUCAAUACGUUGACUGGAGCCAUAGACGGAAACACUGUCUACGGUGUCACUGACAAGUUUGCAAGGAAGCUGCGUACUGGUUACGGAGGUCUGCUCCGCAUGAACCCAGUUUUCAAGGAAUACGGGCUUCGGGACCUUCUGCCUUUGAAGCUUGAUAUCCCUGAUGAGGGCUGCACUAGACCCAACAAGAAUAUGUACUGCUUCGAAGCGGGAGAGAUUCGAGUGAACGAGCAACUGGUUCUGACUGUGAUGCACACAUUGAUGGCGAGAGAGCACAACCGAGUGGCCAAGGCUUUGGCUGAGGUCAACCCUCACUGGGACGAUGAGACCCUGUACCAGGAAGCCAGACGCAUCAACAUUGCCGAAAUCCAGCAUAUCACUUACAACGAGUUCUUGCCCAUUCUGCUCGGAAAAGAUGUUAUGGAGAAAUUCGGACUGGUUCUUGAGAAAGAAGGUUACUGGAAUGGCUACGAUCCUGAAGUGAACCCUGACGUCAUAGCGUCCUUCGCUGCUGCUGCCUACCGAUUCGGUCACUCGCUGCUACCCACCGCGGUUGAAAGGUGGUCCAAGGCACACAAGUUCAUCGCGUCUAAGAGGUUGUCAGACCUCAUCAGAAGGCCAUACGAUUUAUACCGAGCUGGAGUUCUGGACGAGUAUGUCAUGGGUCUGAUGAACCAAGUAGCCCAAGCUAUGGACGACUCCAUCACCCAGGAAGUUACGAACCACCUCUUCAAGAAGGUUGGAGCAAGAUUCGGAAUGGACUUGGUAUCUUUCAACAUGCAGAGAGGCCGUGAGUUCGGUCUGCCAGGCUACAUGGAGUUCAGGAAGUUCUGUGGACUUCCCGGAGCCGAAAGCUUCCAGGAUCUAUUCGGGACCAUGUCCAACGAAACAGUGCGCAAAUACGAGUCUAUAUUCGAGCACCCAAUUGAUGUAGACUUGUGGUCUGGUGGUGUUUCUGAACGCCCACUCCCUGGAUCCAUGUUGGGACCCACAUUCGCUUGCAUCAUCGCUACACAGUUCUCUUAUUCGAGAAGAGGAGACAGAUUCUGGUAUGAACUCCCCAACCAACCCUCAACGUUCACGCCAGAACAGCUGACUGAGAUCAGGAAGGCGCGACUCGCUCGCGUCAUUUGCGACAACACCGACAUCAUCGAUACCGUCCAACUGUACCCGAUGGUGCUGCCUGACCAUGAGCUAAACCCUCGCGUACCGUGCCGAAGCGGUAUCAUACCCGCAAUGGACUUCACGAAAUGGGCGGAGCCCGCGCCCUUCCAAGGGGCUGCCAAGCAGUUCGUGAGUAGCUUCACUUACGACCCAUAUAUCGGCAAAAAGUAGUACACGCACCUAUGUAGUUCGUAGAGCCCACUUGUUAGACACAUUGUUGAUUGAUAUUCAAGCUAAAUAGCCUCUAAUUAUCUUUCCGUUUGGUUAAAGUCAGAAGAAAACAAAACACUGUCUAGGGUGGGUUGCACCACCUAAUUUUGACGGUAACUAUGACGAUAACCGGUGAGUUUGACAGAUUUUUGACGUUUGUCACAGUUAAAGUAAGAUGGUGCAACCCAGCCUUAGUGUUUCAUCCCACAAGGAAUCUAAAUAAAUAGUUGUAGUUGAGCUUACAAACAUCCUCUAUAAAAGAGCUCAUAAAUCAUAAUCUAUGCUCACGGAAAACGAUCCCAUAUCUAUUUAGCUUGAAUACAAAAGUAAAAUGCGUAUUUUAGAAUUGUUUCAGUAAAGUGGCAUGUUUGCAAUGUAUGUAAUUAGUUUUAAAUGAUGGUCAAUUGAUUGACGGAACACGUUUACAAGGCAACGAAUUUACUGCGAUUCCAGUGUGGAUAGUCCUUUGUUAUACUUAAGUUAAAGUUAGUACAGUCGCGGAAAAAUUUCAUCAAUGUUUUUCAAGACAUUUUCAUUACAAUCGUUACUUAUUAUUUGGUUAGUGUUUUCUUCCACGACUGUACUCCAAAACAUCAAGUCAGAAUAAUGUUAAAAAUAAUAUUACAAGUUCUGUAAGGCUAAGAACUCACGGAGUAGUUUUCAACAGAGCGUCCGCGGUUGGCGGACAAUACAAAACUAAUAAUAACCGCAAGUUUCAGUUGUGAUUGUGAACUUUUGACGGUUCGUGACAAAGCGCAGGACCAAUAUAACUUUAAUAUAGAUUUUGAACAAAUAAAAAAGUAGCUCAAAUUGAAAAUUUAAGUACAAAUGUUUGAAAAUCGCGGUCCCGCUACAGCGACGGACGCGGCUCCAUAAGUUCUUAGCCUAACAGAUUAUUUAUAAAUAGCGUAGUAUGUGUACAAAUUGAUGUAGAUAAUACGGCUUACGAAAGCCAAAUAAAAUAUGCUUGAUUGCCAUAGUACUUGUAGCUUGAUAGUAGCUAGUACACGUAUCUGAUGAAAAUAUGUAAUUUAACGCACAUUUGAAUAAAGAUCCACUGUGUCGUUAUUUUGUUAUAUGUAAUGUUUUAGUGGUGUUAUGCAUGUAUGUAGUUUGAAAAAUGUAUUAUUUAUGUAUUUUGACUCACUAUUUUGAUAUUUUUUCAUUGGAUGUACCUUUUGGCAUAGCUUUACAUGAUCACCUUCAAAAUAAUUUAGUCCUAGUCUUAUAGUUGAUGUUUCUGUAAAAUGAUUUUAAAUUAUUUUUAUACAAGUUGCGAUAUUUAGUAAUUCUUUAAGUAUUAAAACUUAAAGUGCUUACUUCUUACAUCACGAUUAAGUAUCAGUUUAAUAUCAUAAUAUCACACAAUCUAUCACAGUUCCACUACUGCACAAUAAAUAUUAGUAAGCACAUUAUAUAUUUUUGUUACCUUCAUUUGUUUUUAUACUUCAAUGUAUCUUACAAAAGAUACUAUAGGUAUCUUUUGCUUCAUACGUUACUGGUUUUUAUUUAUAGUUCAGCAACAUUGUAGAUUGUAUGCAAGCAGGUAUAGAAAUGCACGAGAAAUAGUAUUAUGUAAAUACAAUAAAAAUAGUUUCGUAAUUA